AUGGUAAAGAGAAAGCAAUCAAAAGCUCUGCCUGGGAAAAGGUUUUGCAAGCAGUGCGAACAAAUGAUACCGAUACACAGCCGAGUUUGCCAAUUUUGUAAUGCGCCUCAAUAUACGAUUCAGCAGAUUGCAAAAGAAUACAAGAAGAGACUGAAAGCAAUAACAGAUGAUGAUGAUGUCUUAGACAAAUAUAAAAAUUUGUUUACCAAGGAUAAUCCUUUUAUUACUGAACUCAAAGACCAAACUAUGUAUUUUGAAGAUUUACCGAAAGAAAUUGCUGUAGGGAACGAGAUUGAAGUUCUAGUUAAUGGAACUUCCAAACAUAUUGGGUAUUUGGAAGCUGAAAAAAUUGAUAAAAUUUCAGUAAUUAAUGCAGGAGGGGAUACAGUCUCUCUGGCUUGGGCAUUUAGAAGUGAUGAUGCUCAAUAUCUGGCGAUCUCAACAUUACCAUAUGGAGAAAAGCUAUAUUAUGGACAUGUUUACCAAGGUUAUGGGAUCAUCCAAAUUUGGAAAAUUGCAGAAAGCCCAAGUUUCAGCUAUGGAAUUGUACAUUAUGGAAAAGCAGCUCUUGAUAUGAAAUGGCUGCCAGCUUAUAAUACAGCAAGCGAUAUUAUUGGCACACUUGCUGUAGCACUUGCCAAUGGAGAAAUUCAUAUCUAUAAUCCAAUUAUUGUAGACUCACAGACAAAAGCACUCAAUAUAGCUCCAAUAGAAACUUUUUCUAUUCCAGAAUUAGUCUUUUCCUGCAUUGUCUGGAUUGACCCAGUAAAUUCCCUAGCUGCAGGAACCCAAGAUGGCUCAAUCUUCAUUUUCCGGUCAUGCUCCUCAAAGCCAGUUCUUUCAAUCUUUUCAGCCCAUAAGCUGCCGAUUUCUUCAAUAAAUUGGUGUAAUUCAAGCUCUUGCAUUGCUUCUUGUUCUCUUGAUGGCCUUCUGAAGUUAUGGGAUAGAUUAGAUUUAAGCUCUCUUUUCCUCGACAAAACCUGCAUACUCAUCGUCCCAGAGAUACACUGUAGACACGCUUCCUCGCCGCUGCAGACAAGGAAUUCGCACGAGCGAUCUUGACUUCCAUGACUCCUGAAGCCUAGGUACUCACCCCUUGGUCGAAACUCCAAGUUUCUCGAUAGGCAGAUGUCGCCUCUUGAGCCCAGUUCGAUGGAUUUAUCGUUCUUUGUUGGUCUUGCCCUUUCCAAUGAUAGUCUCGGGGCAAAAACUCAAAGCUCCAAUGAUUAGCUUCCUGGGGCCUGAGUAAAACCUAGCCCGAUGCACAUAAAAGAUUUCCGAGACCUUUCUGUCCUUCCCCUUCACACUGUGCCGUUGCCUGCAUGUGUUGAAGAAAAAGGGUCAGGAGAUCGGGUGGUCUGUAGUCACAUUUUAUGUAUUGAAGUUAUGGGAUAUAAAGAAGGAAAAGUCUUAGACGAGAUCUGCUCAAGCAAGCGGUGGAGCUAUCACCUUUGCUCGAAUCCUCUGGGUACUUAUUUAUUUUUUGACAAUGAUGGAGCCAUAAGUCCUCAUAAAGUUGUGAAGCUUGAAGGAAGAAAAAUAAAAAACAAAAAAUAUGUUAAUUUGUCAUCUGAAGCUACCCUUAGUACUUGUUUUUCACCUGUCAGUAGCUAUGCUUAUAUUGCUUCAGUUGAUGGAUUUAUUGCAGGAAUAUUUUUAUCAGAAUUAGAGAAAAGUUUUAAGAAGAGGAAAAGCCCAUGGAGCAGGCAUUGCAAAAUAGUUAGCCAAAGUAUUGGAGACGUCAUUACAAUUGAGUCUUCAAAGCAUCAGUCGUCUCUAGAAAAGACUCCUAAAAAGUCCCUCUGUGACUUUGCAAGCGCAAUCACACACAUAGAGUUGACUCUAACGCUUCUUUUUUAAUAAUGAAAAACUUAUUUUGCUAUUGGACAUAACUUUAUAAAUUUUUAAAACCAAAGUAAAUUAUAAUUAAAAUUAAAAAAAUCUAUAGUUUUGCUCUUUAUUAAAUUGGGAGAGUAAGAGGGAACAGUGACAUUAUUGCAUGGGGUGGAAGAAUUUGUGGAAUAAUGGAAUUAAAUUAA